AUGAAAGAUUAUCCCAUAAACAGUUUAUUGUCAAUAAAUUCUUAUUCAAAUUAUUUAUCGUCAACAACGAAAAUUUAUGAUAAAGAUGAUGAUUUAAAUAUAACAAAUUCAUUCAUCAAUCACUCUUCUUUUACUUUAUCGACAAAAGAUAAAGAUUAUUAUUCUAUUGAUGAUUCAAAAAAAUUCCAUUUGUAUGAGGAAUCAUUAGCAUCCUUUUCUUCAACAUCAUCAUCUGCGAAUUCAUCGAUAACCUCGUUACCUUUACCUUCUUCCUCGACGACCUAUUCGCUACCUUUGUCAACACCAGAUAAUCAUGAUCUUUGCAUGAGCCAUUACAGCUACGAACCUUUAUCAAUGACAAUUUCUGAACCAAAGAGACAUCACGAAGAAUUUACUUACAAUUCCGUUCUGAAGUGGAAUGUUUAUUCAUCUGGUAAAAUUAACAGCAUAUCGAGAUAUUUAGUUAUAUCUGGUAUUUUAUUAGGUUCAUUCUAUCAUUUGGAUCCAUUCGAAUUGGAAGAUAAAUUCAUUACCCCUAUGAAAUAUCUUGCUACCUGUUUAAUAAUAUUUUCUUUAGCCUUUAGAAUCUUUACUGGUAAGAAAGUUCAAAAUCUGACUUGCAAGAACAGAAAACAUAUCAAAUCUCACGUCAUUUCCAGCACUAAUAAUGAUGUGUCGCCGUCAACUUACACAACUCCUCAACAGCCACAACAACCACAGCAACAACCACAGCAAGAUGGCACAGUUUCAAUAAAUAUGGAACAAGAUAAUCAAUCUACGAAUAAUACAAGAGAAUUCAAUCAUGAAAAUUCAGCUGGAUUUGUUGAACCAAAUUUAUGUGGAGGUUGUUGUUCUAAUGUAAAAUAA